CACCUCGAUUGUUUAUUGAUCAGCGCGGCUCACGGGAACGCGCAGUCACUGAAAUCCUCUACAACUCAGCAUCUCCUCGACAGUCAACAACAAGUGUAUCAGUUCAACUCCUCAUAUCAGGACUCUUCCAGUGCGGCUUACCGGAACGCACAAGAAGCAAGAGGUCGCAUCUACAAUCAUAACAGACAUGGCCUACGUCAUUAAGGUGGAGUACGAAGGCAGUUUGCGUCGCAUGCUCGCCAGCCGGGCGGAGAAGGAAGAUUUAUCUCUUACUAAAGUGGAGGCAAGAGUUCGGGAUCUGUUCAAGCUCCCCGUCACGGCGCAGCUUAAGAUGGCAUAUAAGGACAAGGACAACGAUGUGAUAACUGUGGGAUGCGAUCAAGAUCUUACAGAUGCCUGCGUCACCCAGAAGAUUAACCCGCUAUACAUCCGCGUGGCGGUUGUGCCUGCUGAGGCUGCACAGAAUAUGGGCGCUAGCCCUCCUCCUCCCGUUACUUCUGCUGCUGCAACUGGAGUAAAGGAUGCAUCGUCGCAGGAACCAGUCAAAGAUUCUUCCACGCCCGAGAAAUCAACGAAAAAGACAGUGAAGAUUGUCGAUCCCGUUUUCCAGAGAAUCAUGCCUCCAAAUCAGGUCCCUCAGAUGAUGGAGAACAUUGUGAGGAUGGUCACCUCACAGAUGCAAGCUGGCAAAAAGAUGGAAACCGAUCCCAAGUCUGUGGGCCCUUCUCCACCGAAUCAAUCGACCGAGGUGAAGGACCCCACCGCAGCCGAGGAGAAGAAGACAGAAGAUAAGUCGGAGGUCAACAAGCUCCAUGCUACUCACAAGGGUGUUCGUUGCAACAUCUGUCAGAUGAAUCCCAUUGUGGGACCACGCUUCAAAGCUCUAAGGAAGCUCAACUACGACCUUUGUGGGCGCUGCUACACAAAAGCAGGAAAUUCUAAUGAUUUUAAGCGCUUUGAACAGCCGGAAACUCCUCCCAAUUGUGCAGGGACGAGUUCUAUCAAACUGGUCCGCAUGUCUCCUGCAAUUGCCGUUGUUCGGCCAAUCGGUUUGGGUGCACCUGUGCUCGUGGUCCGCCAUGGAGGUGCUCGCUGCAGCCAAGUGAAAACUUGCUGAUGGCAAGUUGGGUAACAAACGUACCAGGGUCCGAGGUUUCUGGAUACGGACCGUUGGUAGCUAAGCACAUAGCUAUAUGAGAUUGUUUAUGUAGUUACUCGACCAGUUUGGUCCCCAUAAUCGGAGACUUACAUGUCUUUGAAAAUGGAUCUGUAUCAAAGAUCGAUGAGCCUCUGCUGGGGACAACACGGAAUAAAAGCUGGUCGAAGGCACUAUCCUUAGUCGGAAAUUCACAACUCUCCUUGGAUCUGAAUCCCACUGUGUCUACAUGUACCAUUACCCUGUAAGAAGGUUUUAGCUUUCACAUUCCGAAGAUUUGAGUUGUAAAAUCACGAUAUUAAAUACUGUAUCAUAUCAUGCUGCAAAGCAAGGUUUUUCUGAAACUCCCUGUCGUUUUGACAUCCUGAAAGCGGAGCAGGUAAGCCCAGACAUUCUCUCGGACUCCGCUCUCGCUUUGCCUUGUCAAAUAUCUGGUGCUUCAAAAAGCUGACCUUGCAAUUUAGAGACAAUGGAUCUAUUACCGU